AUGAAUUUUUUUUCUUUUCUCAGAAUUGAAGCCAAUCCAAACCUGGAUUUCCUUGUCAUUGUCAACCCAAAUAGUGGCCCUGGAGACACGUCUUUCCCUGACGCUAACUAUGCACGGGAAGUGCCUCGACUCAACUCGUAUGCCAACGUAUAUACGAUAGGCUAUAUUCGAAUCGACUACUGCAGGAAGCCCCACCAUGAGUCUUAUGGUGAAAUAGAGCGUUACGCCGCUUGGUCGACAGAUUAUGAGAAGACUGGCUUGGGCGUGCGUGGAAUAUUUGUUGAUGAAACCCCCAACCACUAUGAUGCAGAGCGAGCCGAGUACUUGGCUGCAUUGACUCAAUUUAUCAAAAGUUGUCCUGGUAUUCUAUCUGAACGAUUUGUCGCCCACAAUCCAGGCACUCCCCCUGACGCCACAAUGGCGGAUGCUGCUGAUUUGAUUUUUACUUGCGAGGAACCCUACCCUCGUUAUAGAUCUGAUGUGGUACAACAGCGGCUGAAAGAAUAUCACCAUGAUCGUUCGCGUGCUGGGUAUAUGAUCAGCGAAGUACCCAAUGAUGCUCUGACGGAUCUAGUUCUUGAACUAAGACAUCGAUCAGCUUACAUUUUUGUUACGGAAAUUGCUGGCGACUUCUAUGAGCGCUUUGGUCCCGAGAGCUGGGGGCAUCUCAUGCAGGCUUUGAAGAUUGAUGCCUGA